AUGAUAAGAGAAGACAACAAUGUUCAACAUCCAAUCUACUAUAUCAGCAAAAGACUAGCUGAGGUUGAGAUUCAAUACCCCCUAAUUGAAAAAUGGACUUACUGUUUGAUCCUAUCCACAAGAAAUUUAAGGCCCUACUUGCAAGCUCUUCCAAUUUGGGUGUACACCAACCAACCUUUACGCCAAGUUUUGCUAAAGCUAGAUGCAUCUGGUUGGCUGCUCAAGUGGAAAUUGAGUUGGGGCAUAGCAGUAAAAAGACAAGCUUUAACAGAUUUUGUGGUUGAAUGCACAAGCAAGGAGGCAAGCAGUUUAAAAGAUAAUCUCGAGCGAGAAAGGGAGCAAGAAAAAGCACCCCCUCAGAAGGAAACUGUGAAGAUAAGCUAA